GAAUGGUAAAAAUGGUGACAAUUCCUCCAAUCAAAUUUGGCACCUACCUAAACAGGUGGGUAUUGGGGAUGGGAAUUGGGUAAAGCGGCACACACUAAUAGUAAAUAGUUGUGCUGAAUUGCACGGACCAAGUUUGCACCGUGGAUACGAGAAAUCUUUAUUCGAUUACUGGAUCUGUGACGUAGGAGGGGAAAAAAAAUCUCAACUUUGAAGGGUGGACCCAGGGGAAUAAUGAAGCCUGAACCCAAAUAGGAGGGAUACAAAAUGCCAGAGACGAAUGGGUUUGUUCCGGUGUCGACACGCGGCUUCUGCAUGGAACUACUCGCCCAAAUUUGGCGAGUGCAAAGAAGAGAAGGGAAUCGAUCAAAUAUAUAUUUUUGUGUGUGCAAGAUAUUGAAUGCCAGCCAAAAUUUUGUCCUGAAACCGCUCGUUUGGGGGUCGUGGAAAGCAUCGCCCAGUAGGUCACAACCCUCGGUUGCAGGACACGUGUCGUUAUGCCGUGGCUUUGCAGCAUAGCAUUUGUGCUAAGCAAGCAUAGAAGCAGCAGCAUCUAGUAGUGGCGGAGUACCAAAUAAUAUUUUGUUUGCGCUGUGUGUCCGCCACUAAAGCGAGCACCUGUUCAUUUCCUGGUGUAUGUCUUGAGUACUGUCCUUGAUAUUUUGCGUUGCGGAGGAGGAGGAGGAGGAGGAAGAGGAGGUUGAGGACGAGGGUUCGAGACCCGGCGAGUCGAAGGCAACAACGGCUCUUCCACAUAAAUGAAUCUCCAGGAUCCCAGGUUUGCGCAGCUCCGUGUGGAGCUCCAGCUAUUUCUUUAUUUUCUGCAGACAAAAUUUCACAAGUGCAAGACUUGCCGACGACUUAUCGUAGAGACUCAGGAAACAAGUUUGGGAUAGUUUGAUGUUUUGACGCAAGCGGCCGGGGAAAAAGAUUAGGAAAGAUGGAUCCUUUGCUUUCAGAGUUAUUGAAUUUUGAAAAUUCCGCCUACUGUGAGGGCUUUGCCUCGUCGCCGAUUUCUCAUCAGUGCACGACGUUUUUAUCGUCUCCGAUGUUUGAUUCGGUGUUUCAAGCGAACCUGCCCUUUCCCGGGGAGUGUUUGAUGCCGGAAACCCCUGUGAAUUUUAGCCAGUUUGUAAUUCCUGAUGACCUGACGUUGCCGGAAUGUUCAUAUUUGUCGUCUGAUGUUGUUAAAAUCCCCGUGGAGGAGUGCGAGAAUUCAUCUGGGGAAGAGGUUGUGGACGCGUGCUGGGAACAGAAGCCCAUCAAAAGGGAACAAUUUGUAGAGGAACCGGACGCUGUUUCGUCUGUUAUUGAGAAGUGCAACGGAUGGAAAUACCAGGAGGAGGACGUGGAUAGAAACGACAAGCAUCAUGUUAAAAGAUUGAUGAAUUCUGGUGAAGAAGAAACUGAUAGUAAGGAGCAUCUGUUUAGAUUCACAUUGAUAACUCUAAAGCACAGAAUACAGCGUGCUCUCCUUCAUUUAAAGGAGUAUUGUGGAGGGAACGCACUCUUGCAGGUUUGGAUGCCUGUGAUGCGUUCAAACAGACAUGUUCUCACCAGCUGCGAACAGCCCUAUGUCCUAGACGAGAACAGCAGGUAUCUACAUGGUUACCGUGACAUAUCUACAGGGUUUUAUUUUCCUGCAGAAACGGGUCCUGGAGCUUUUCCAGGGCUGCCUGGUAGGGUUUUUCUCAGAGGAAUGCCAGAAUGGACCCCUAAUAUUCAAUUUUACGGAAGAAAUGAGUUUUUAAGGAUAAAUCACGCGCAGGCACACAAUGUUAAUGGAUGCCUUGGCGUACCUAUUUUCGAGCAGGAUAGUCGAGAUUGUGUUGCAGUAGUUGAAUUAGUGAGAGCCGCAACUGAAAUCGACUUUCCUUUAGAGCUUGACCACAUAUGCCAAGCUUUUCAGGCCGUGAGUCUAAAUACCCGAGAGGUUUGGGAUCAUCCAAAGUCACAGAACCAUUCUCCAUGCCAUCGUGCUGCUCUAGCUGAGAUAUUAGAAGUUUUAAAAACAGUUUGUGAGACUCACAAUCUACCAUUAGCACAGACAUGGGUUCCAUGUAAGCAUUAUAAUCUUCUAUUCAGCAAGAGGGAGACUAAGAAGAACUGGGGUUCAGAUAAGAGCUUAGAAGGAAUAUACUUGUCAACUCAUGACAUGGCAUGUUUUGUGAGGGAUGUCUACUUGCUGCCUUUCAGAAAUGCAUGCUCUGAGCACCAUUUGGAGAUAGGGCAGGGGGUUCCAGGAAAAGCAUUUGCCCUGAAACAUCCAUACUUUUCUAGCGAUGUUAAGAGUUUUGGCAUCAUGGAAUAUCCUCUUGUUCAUUAUGCACGUAUGUUUGGCCUGAAUGCUGCCCUCGCUAUUUGUUUGCAGAGCAAUUAUACUGAAAAUGAUUACUAUGUGCUCGAGUUUUAUUUUCCAGUUACUUGCAAUGGCAUUUCAGAACAGCAACUUUUGUUGAAGAAAUUGUCUACUACCAUACAAUUAAUGUGCAGAGGUUUGAGAUCUGUGACUGUUAAACUGAAUGGCAAUGGAAAUAAUGAUGAACACUGCAGCAAAUCCGAAUGCCAGGAUUUUGCAUCGGGUGGUAUUUCUGAUACAGGCUUUGAAGCAAUUCAUUUAGAAUCCAAACUGUCUUUUGCUGAGGGCUUGGUUGGGCACACACAGCUCAGUAGAGGUGAAACAACGGGACAGGAUUUGCAUCGGCAAUCAUUACAGGGCAAUGCUGGGAAAAAGCGUCUAGAUCGAAAGCGUGGAACAACUGAGAAAACUAUUAGCUAUCACCUUCUUCGGCAAUACUUCACUGGAACCCUUAAGGAUGCUGCAAAAAGCAUUGGAGUGUGUCCAACAACAUUAAAAAGGAUUUGCCGUCAGCAUGGAAUCUCUAGAUGGCCAUCACGGAAGAUCAACAAAGUGAAACGAUCUUUGAAAAAGAUUGAAAGUGCAAUUAAUUCUGUACAGGGAGCAGGUGAAGCCUUAAAAUUAAAUGCAACUCUAGGUGAUAUUAUGACCGCAGCUGCAGUGGUCCAAGGGGUGCAGAUGUGCAGUGAGACUCCAUCUAUUUAUGGACAUUGGGCUGUUUCUUUGGCUACUCCACAACUUAUAAACAAGCAUGUAGCAGAAACGGUGAAAUCAAAUCGCAUGAUAGAAAAUACAUCUAAUGGCAAAGAAGUAAAUAAAAUACGGUCCUCUGUUCAAGGUGAUGUUCCAUUAGUGCAGACACCAUUGUCAGCAAGCCUGGUAACACCAUUUGGUCUCAAAGGAACUUCUAAAGUUCAAGAAAACAAUGGUAGACUCUGGAAGAAUGUGUCAACUAUAGCAAACAAUUCAUCAAUUCAAGAUAUUACGUCUGAAAAGUAUUGUGAAGAGGAUGCACUAGCUUCCAAGAGCAACCAAAUAGGAAAAAUGGAGGUUGAUGAGGGUUCAGAUCACGUAAGGAGUUCAUUUCAAUGUGGAGAGGUUGAAAAUCCAAUGUUUAUUCUUUCCUCUCUUGGUCAAAGGAAUCUGGGAAGAAGUAUAGGCUAUGCCAGUGAUAAAGUCUGCUCUGUUCCUGCAUUUGGGGAAAUAGAUCAGGUUGGUUCGCUUAAAAACUUUACAGGUAGAAACACAAAGUCAGUUGAGGAAAGAAAUCAAUGUCAGACAUCUAAUUUCCAUGGAGUCACAGGUACUCUUGCAGGAAUAUCAGAAAGCCAGUGUUUGACACCUGUGAAUUUGCAGAACAAUGAUAAUCCGGCCACGUCAGGAAGUACUGAUUCCUUGGAGCUCACUAAUGGUUUAGUGCAAGGGCUGGACAUAGUUGAUGGGUCAAUUAGCUGGCAGGAAGCAUGUCCUAAUUCUCUAGGAACAGGAAGUUCCUCUCCAAACUACAGUUCUUCCACAUUGUUGUCAAGUGAUUCAGUUUCUCCUACAAGGACUAUAGUUGAUAGUUCAGGAAGAGGAAGGCAGAUGCAAGAUGAGGGUUCAGGUAUAGGAGUUAAAGCAACUUAUAAAGAUGAUACAGUUCGAUUCAAAAUGCAUAUAGGCUUGCGGUUUUCUGAGUUAUGUGAUGAAAUAGUUCAACUUUUUAAAGUGGACCAUGGCACAUUUCAUCUGAAAUAUCUAGACGAUGAAGAAGAGUGGGUGCUAAUGUCAAGUGAUGCUGAUUUGGAGGAGUGCAUUGAGAUCAUGAAUUCGUCUCAUGCACAUGUGAUCAAGCUUCUAGUCCGUGAUUUAGUUUCCAAUAUUGGAAGCUCGAGUGGAAGCUCAGAAUGAGUUUGGCAAAACCCUUAAUUGAAAUCAUCACUUGGAUUGAUUUGUUUCAUGAGACUGGGUUCCCAGAACUAGAAAUGAAAAUAGGUUUUCUUGUUAGUCAAUUGAAUGCUCUGUAUACUUGUCUGCAAUGUGAAACUCUCCUUGUUGUGUUACUGGUAUCAACUUAUAUACCUGUCAAUGUAGAUAAAUGCCAUUGCUAAUUGGAUAAUGUUUAUAUGAUUGAUUUUAUUAGCAGAAACUUGCGCCUUCUGUCA